CAUGUAUGACCCUGAUCAUAGUCCGUCAUUUUAUGCGCAUGUGUAUUCUAUUGUUAUUACAUAUAUAUAUUCCGUUAAGAUAAUAAAAUAGCAAUAGUAGUAGAGACAAUUAUUAAUUACCAAAGACAUCAUAAUUUCAAGUUGUCAUAAUGGUAGAGGAAUCAGGUUGCGGUGAACUACAACAAUUGGUUCAAGAAGAAGAAUGCGAAGAACCACUAAGUCGUGGUGGUGAAGCUACACCUCCUUCAACCCCGGCAAGAUCACAACAUCCGAGUAAAAAUGAAACCCAUAGUUCUCAUGUUUCGCAACAAGUAUUAUGGGAGAGCAAUACACAGACUUCUCCUAUCGUUAGUAAGGGUAGUUCGGGUCAAGCAACGAGUCAAGGUUCUAUGGUUUCUGGUAGAGCCAUUAAUUUUUCUAAUCAUACUGCCAAUCAAUCUCGUUUGAUUUACUUAAAUGAAAAAGAGAAACAAAGACCUAAUCGACCAGAACCUCCAAGGCUCAAUAGACAACAAAAAGACAUGACGCCGUGCAAACACCAUUGUUUUUUAUCAGAGGUUCCCGACGUCAGACGCAUGGAACAAGCUUUACUGCAACUAUUGGAAGAUUUUCAUAGCGGAAAUUUACGAGCCUUCGGUAAAGAUUGCAGUAUGGAACAAAUGACAGAGAUAAGAGAACAACAAGAACGUUUAGCUAGACUUCAUUUUGAAUUAGGUCAAAGACAAGAAGUCGGUAGCGAUCAGUCUGGUUUAAGACAAUCAAGUGCGAAUAUGAGACAUUUAUUACAUCGUCUUCAACAACUUAGCGUUUGCAUUGAAAAAUUGCAUAGUAAAUAAAUUUAAUAUUGGAUAAUUCGUGUACAUUUUUUACUAUUUUCAUAUAUUAUACAUAUUUAUCUUAUAAGAGAUUAAUGUAUUAUAUCAGAUUUUCUUCCCUGAUGUAUAAUUAUGUUAAUAAUAUAUAAAAUAUCAACAAU